UCAACUAGCAACUUACCAUUGACAACCACUGAUGCAACAAUGACAUCAUCAACCCCUAUAGCAGCUCUUCCAACUAGUGCCAUUGUAACAACCACUACAACGACUCCUAUGCCAACCACACCCACUAGUGAUCUUACAACAGCUGGGACGAGCCAACCAACACCCGAUUUUAUAACAUCAACAAAGUCCAGACCCAGGACUGAAGCCACUGUAACCACACACACCAUCACUUCCAGGGUGACCAUGACAUUUCCACAGCCAACUUUGAGAAGAACGACGACAAGCAUCCAGCAGCUCACUAAAGCAUCCCAUACUGAAAAACCAGGAUGCCCAUGGAGAAGAGAGCUGCUUCAUCAAGAAAGUGAGAAAGAGGACCUAAAGGAGACCCCCGAAGAGGAGCUGUCGUGGGGCAGAGCGACCAUCAGCUCGGUGAAGCUGCAGCCGUGUGUGUUUGAGCUGUGCAAGUUUUACUCUCAGUGUGUGUGCAGAGGAUUCAGCCACCGAGCAGCAGCUUUACAGCGAUACUGUGUGGACAGUCACCGAUGGUAUGAGAGACAUACUGCAGAAGUCUGCGGUCGGAUGAGGAGAAUCACCUUUUCCAGAAAUCUGAAGCAGAAAUGUCUGGCAAGAAUGUGUGUGAAGAUGUAAGACGAGGUGACAGACAUCUGAACUGAAGAGCGUGUGUGUUUAUGUAUGUGUGAGAGAAACAGCUCUGUAAAACACCCCAGUGAAUCUGA